AAAGGAUUCAAGGAAUAUUUUUAGUUUCCAUAAUUUUUGUAAUGCAGUGCUUAUUCUGAUUAGCCUGUCUGCUGUCAUCCGUUUAAUGUGUUUAUACUUGAAUAAUUAUAUCUUAAUUUGUAUUUUGUACUAUAUAGUACACUCAUGCACUACUAGUAUAUCAUGUACUUAUAUUUAGCUGCCAUUACCAAGAUAUUAUAUCGUCAAUAUAUGUAGUCCUAAACAGUAAAGUAAACAACGAUGAUUACUACAAAAUAGAUAGGUACCUAUUCAGUAUUUACUAUUAGGCUCUAGGUAGCAGCUGUUGCUGCAGCCGUGAUUUUAUGUUUAAUAUCUAAACUCUAAACAAAUACAUUUAUAUACGUAUAAUGUAUAAUAAAUAUCCAUGAAAAAAACUCGAAUUAGUCGAAUUACUAUCAUCAGUAUCAUUUAUCUGUGGUGCAAAAAAUAUGUUCAAUGCAUAAUGGUCUACGAUUCAAAAUUCAAAUGAUACAAUGGCUGUAAUGCUGUAUGUCAGAUGUCUGUUGAUUGUUGAAUCUUGAAUGUCGAUAAAAAGAAAGAACUAAUAGAACGUCAUAUUAGGUUCACUAUACCGUGGUUUAUUUUAGAUAAUAUAGUUUGCGUCAAACUGUUCUAAGAGAUUGUAACUUUUAUCAUUUUAUCAUAUUUUUAUAGAGUCUUAGGUCUUGAGUACUCUAAUUGGCUGUGGCAGUUGUGCCUUGUGCGGCAUCGGGUAUCGGGGUUUGGUAUUUACUAUUUAAUUUAUGUUAUUGUAAUGUAUAAUGUUAGUUAACACUAGAAGCUUAAAUUAUUAUUAUAAUAUUAAUUAUUUUACUGUUUAAAAUUGCGAUUUUCCGUUCGAAUUAUUUAUUACCGAGUUUAGUUUGAAUGUAACUAAUAAGUAUUGUUUUAAUUAUCUAAAAGAGAAAAUACUGUACGUAAUUUAUCUAGUGAAUUGUUGAAAAUUGAAUUUGGAUUGAUAGUGAAUGCAAGCAAAAUGCAAUCAGAAACACCAAAGAAAAUUUUUUCCAGUCUUCUGGUAAUAAUCCUUGAUGUUAACCCAGCUCAAGACACAUUACUUAGCGGAGAAAUAAAGCUAUCGUCCAUACUUAGUUCCGUUGUUGCUUUUGCUAAUUCUCACUUAAUGCUUCGGACCCAUAAUAAAGUUGCAGUGCUUGCAUCUGACCCAAAUAGUUGUGAUUUUAUAUAUUCCGAUCAAGAUGAACUUGAUUUUAAAAAGAAAACAGUCAGUAGUUGUAAAAUGGCAGGAAGCCAAUAUGAAUUGUUCAGUCACAUAGAUCGUUCUAUCAAAUUUAAUAUAGUGAAAUUCCUCAAGGAUGCGGCUGAAGAACCACAUAUGUCUAGAGAUACCGUCUUUGGAGCAUCUUGUGCAAAGGCUUUAUGUUAUAUAAACAGAUUACAAAGUAAUCUAUUUCCAGGUGAAACAAUGAAUUCGAGAAUAUUAAUUAUAUCUGGUUGUGAUAAUGAAGGAGACAAGUACAUACGUUGUAUGAAUACAUUUUUCACAGCUCAAAAACAAAAUGUAGCUAUCGAUGUAUGUAGUCUUACCCAUGAUGUCACUCUAUUAAAACAAGCAUGUUAUAUCACAGAAGGUUCAUAUUUUCGUAUGCCUAAAUUAGAAGGAUUAUUACUGUAUUUACAAUGGAUAUUUUUAACUGAACCUUCUUCUAGAAAAAAAUUGGUUAUACCACUAGCUCCUCAAUUAGACUUCCGACCUUUUUGUUUUUGUCAUGGAACCCUGACAGCAAUUGGUUUUGUGUGUUCGUUAUGUUUAACUAUUUAUUGUAAAAUAAGUCCUAUUUGUACAACUUGUGAAGCAGUUUUCAAAGUACGAUCAGCCAUUGCAGUCAAACCUAAAAAGAAGAAAAUAAAAACAACAAAUGUAAAUAAUUAAGUUUGUUUUCAAUGUCAUUACCAUUACUCUUUUAUUUAAUGAUAAUUUUUAGAUAUAUAUGUAAUACUAAUAGUAAAAUUUAAAAAUGUAUGAAGUUGCAAAAUGUAUGAUUUAUUUGUACUUGUAUUUUAUAAAUUUUGUUAAUUACAAUAAUUAAACUUAAGAAUGUAUGUUAUAAAAAGAACAUUUUUAUAAAUAUUCUAAAAAAGACUGCUCUUAUUUAAUAUAUUUUUAGUUAUUGUA